CAAGUAUCCAGAGAAAACGUAUUUUCCCAUCAUAUUCCCCUAAUUUACUAGUACCCAGUAGCCAAAACAAACAACCCUGAAUAAUCAAAUGCCCCCUUGAUAAUUAAUAAUCAUGACAGAAGCACAACCAGAAGAAAGCGACAUCCACCUCUGCGACUUCUGCCGCGCCGUCGACUGGGUCCAACUAACCACCGGCGUCUUCAACCCGCAAAAAGCCGCGCUGCAAAGCGGGUUCGUCAAGAGCGGCGAGCACAACCUCGGCUCCGUCCACUCCGCCUCCAGCACCUGCUCCCUAUGCCAGCUCAUCGCCUCCGCCUCGCGGUCCCUGAAACCCUGGUGGCCGAUCGGCCACCUCCUGGAUAAACCGGAAGAGAUCACGUGCGCGUUAUGGAGCGCGCGCAACCGCAUCGGAUCAUCGCUGGAGACGGCGAAGCUGGCGCAGGCCGACAUGGUGCUGGAUACGCUGUACAAGGGCAUGCGGCCCGGGUACAAGUCGACGAACCUGGCGGUGCAGGAGUUCUGGGACUCGUUACAAGAGCGGGGGAUCUAUCUCGAUGAUAAGGGGAAGGCGGAUAGUGUUCAGAAGGAAAGGAGGAGGAAUAAGAGUCUGAAUAGGCUGGUGGUGUUGGCGGGGAUUAGUCCGGUUAAGUGGACGGCGCAGACUUUCUUGCAGCUGCAUCCGUGUGUGUAUCCGUUGCGGAGUGUCGAUGACUACGUCGGGGAUGGGGAAGACCCGUUUUCGGCGUUCCCGACGGGGAGGCUGGUGAAGGAGGAGGUCAAUGUGAGGUUGUUGAGGAAGUGGUACGAGACGUGUCGCGAUAAGCAUGGCGAGACGUGCAGUCAGCCGCCGUGGUUGGCACCGGAAACGCUGUGGCCUGCACAGCUGCGACUGUUAGACGUGCGGAGGCGAUGUCUGGUCGAUGCUAAGGAGCCGUGCCCCUAUCUGGCACUGAGCUAUGUCUGGGGCGACGAGAUCAAACCCUUCCGCACAAUCCGGACUAAUGUCGAGGAGAUGAAGACCCCGGGUUUUCUCCAGGAUGGAUCACUGCCGAAGACCAUACUCGACACGAUCGAGCUAGCAAAGGGAAUGGGCGUGGACUUCCUCUGGGUCGACCGUCUCUGCAUCAUCCAAGACUCGGACAUCGACAAAGCGAUCCAGAUUCCGCAGAUGGACCUCGUGUACUCGCGCGCUGCGGUGACCAUCGUUGCCACGUGCGGGACUUCCACCGACGGGCUCGCGGGGAUCAAUUCAUCCCCACGCACUCUCCUCACUACCGCCAACCCCCCCGCGCGCGUCUCCCAAAACCUAAGCCUCAUGAACGUCCUCCCCCUCGACGACGCCUACUCCUCCAGCGCCUGGACCACGCGCGGGUGGACCUUCCAAGAAGGCCUCUGCUCACGCCGCACCCUCAUCAUAACCCCCACGCAAGUCUUCUGGAGCUGCGAGACCUCGAAAUGCUGCGAGAGCCUCGCGCUCGAAGCCUUCCCGACACCGGUCCACCCCAACGACAUCAUCUGGAGCGUGCUCUCGGGGCACCGGAUCUUCGGGGACUUCGGCGGCGGCGGGCACAACUUCGCGCACAGCGAGCUGGACUCUACCGUGCGCGCGUACGCCUCCCGGCAGCUGGGCGAGCAGAGCGACGCGCUGGAUGCGUUCACGGGGGUGCUGCGGCGGGUCGCGGCUAAUUCGGGCCAUGAGUUUUACUGGGGCCACUCGGUGACGGUGCGGUUCGAUGAGAGUCUUGCGUGGACCAAUAUCGUGUGGUACUAUGAUGCCGAUUGGCGGAACCAUGAGCUGCCCGCGCGGAGAGGGGAGAUGCAUAAGGUGAGGGGGGAAGGGGGGGCCGUGCGGGAGGUGCGGUUCCCGAGCUGGUCGUGGCUGGGGUGGAAGAAUGUGCUGGGGCUGACGAGGGUGGCGCCGCGGCAGGUUGUGCUGGUGCCGGAGCUGGAGAUCUUGAGGGUGGGUGUGGAUGGGAAGGCGGUUGGGUUGAGUGCGCGCUCGGAAGAGGAGGAGGGGGAGGUGAAGAAGCUGGAGCCGGUUUCGAAGCUGGAUAUGUGCGGUGUCGACGAGUCUACCUCUGCGGGGUGGAAAGGGGAUACAUCGAUUGACGCCAGCUUCCUACACGACGACGACACUGACGGCGAGUUUUUGGAUUCGGGUCGUCUCUUAUUUUGGACCAGUCACGCGGUCCUUAAUAUUGAAGACGACAAGAUGUACAACGAGAAGAAGGAGCAGGUCGGCGAGCUAAAGCCGUUUUGGCCGAACCAGGCGCCGAAGCCGACGGGCAAGCACUCGUUUAUUGUGGUUUCGCGCAAGUACAACGACGACACUAUAAAGGUUCUUAGAGCGGAGAGGAGACUCAAUGUUCUUCUAAUCGAGUGGGAUGAUCCGGUGAAGCGGGUUGCGUCGCGGAUCUGCUCUGGUGAGGUCGAUGAGGGAGCGUGGGUUGCGCUUGGGGAGUUGAGGGAGUGGGUGUUGGUUACUUUGGCUUAA